AUGGGGAGUCUGGCUCUCUCCUCGUCCUCCUGGUCAAGGCUUCUGCUUGGAGCCAUAGGGACCUUUGCAUCUGUGAGCAAGGGGCCCCGGCGGCUCGCAGAGGCAGAGCGCGGGGUCCGGGCCGCCGCCCGCGGGAAGGAGCGGAGGCCCCCGCGGCCCCGAGCUGGCUGUCAGCCCCGCGGCGGCGGAACAAUGGCUCGUGUGGCCGCGGGCCGCGCGGUCCCGGCGGCCGUCUCGGAGCGGGCGCACCUGGGUGAUGGGCACCUCCCGAGACUCCCCGGGACGGCGGGCCUGACAGGCGCGAGGCGGCCCCUUAAUAGACUGCGCGAGCGUUCUCCGGGAGAAGUCUGCGGCGGUCCCCGAGGAGAGAUCAUCAGGCAGAGUGGUCCCCGGAGCAGGAUUUAUUAG